CCCCCCCAGGAUGGAUACGAGCACGCAUGUGCUCACACUGAGCAUGGCAACGAGUUUGUCAAGAAGGCAGCUUCCUUUGUGGAGAAGCUGAUACACGUGGAGCAGAACUAUGCCAAGGAGCUCAGGAAACUUUGUAAACAGUACAAAAGGAAAGACGAGGAGACCUCGAAAUACUCUUCUGUGAGGUGUUUUGCUAAGUUGGUGACAGAGACCAACGACCUCGCCGGACAGAGAGAGCUGGUAGCAGAGUACUGGCAGGCUGAGGUGCUGGACCAGAUGAAAGUGGUGAUAAAGGACAUAACGGCUGAGAGGAAGACCCACAUGAUAGAGGGGGCGAAGAGAAUCAACGAACUGAAACUCACAAUGGACCAACUGGACAAAGCUAAGAAACACUAUGAGAGGGCGAGCGAAGAGGCAGAAAACGCCCAAAAUGCUCUGGAGAAGGCAGACAAUGAUCCCAACUCUACCAAAGCUAAAAUCGACAAGUUGACUCAGGUACUAAGAGCAAAGGAAGCGGCCGCAGAAGAGAGCAAAAACAACUACAUACUCCAAUUAGAGAACACCAAUUUGAAACGACGACUUCACUACAAUUCAGAGAUGCCUCAAGUUUUUCAGAAUAUGCAGGACAUGAAUGCCAAACGGAUGGAGAGAUUUAGCUCGCUAGUGACGCAGUGUGCAGAGUGUAAUCGCCGGGUGUUCCCCGUCGUUAACACCUGUCUCGACAACGUGGUGCAGGCUUCGGCCGCCGUGGACCCCGUCAAGGACAACCAGCUGGUGAUUCAGGAGCGGAAGACUGGAUACCCCAUCCCUGGAGAUGAGGAGUUCCAGCAGUAUGGACCGAAGAAGAUAAACAGGAGAAAGCCCAAGAAAAAGGUGGAGCCACGGCCGGAUUUCAGUCAUCUUCCCCCUGAGCAGAGGAGGAAGAAACUGGCAACUAAAGUCAACGAUUUCGACAGCCAAAUUAGCAAGGCCACUGCAGACAGGACGGCCAUGGAAAAGAUGCAGAAUGUCUACAAAGAGAAUCCAAAACUCGGAGAUCCAAACUCACUCGGUCAAUCCCUCGAACAGACGAGUCAGAAAAUUGCCGCACUCACUGAAGAAAGAGACAAAUUCGCGGCAUGGUUACAAGAGGCCCACGAUAGUCUGUUGAAGGCAUCCCAGGGCCAACAGGGAGGGGCUUCCCCGCGGCCGUCCCCAAAGAACAAGAAGAAGAACGACAAAAACGGGAAGAGUGAACCGGUUCCAGCACAGAAGGCACAGGCCGCCCCA